GCAGCUGACGUCUUGAUCGACACUUACAAUGACCAGAUUCUCUGUUCUUUCUCGUAUUUUAGUGCGUCACCUCGCCCCUUCCUUCUUCCGUUUUACUGUGCCUUCGCGUUUCAGAAGGCCCAAAGUAAAGUACACCCGCUGAAUCAAGACAAACUAGGGGCCCCCGUAGGCUUCGCGAACAACCCAGUGCCCAUGGAGCUCUACCACAUGGACGCCAGCCCACCCUGCCGCGCCGUGCGCAUGGUGGCCAGGCACCUCAACCUCAGCCUGAACCUCAUCCCCGUCAACUUCAUGGCUGGCGAGCACAUGACGCCCCAGUUUAGAAAGAUCAAUCCUCAGGCCGUCUUGCCGACGCUGGUCGACGAUGGCUUUGUCCUUUGGGAAAGCCGUGCAGUACUGACGUACCUGGUGAACCGGUACGUACCUCACAGCCCCUUGUACCCAACCGAUCCGCGCUCUAGAGCUUCAGUGGAGCGUCUUCUUUACUUCGACAUGGGUACCCUCUUCGACGCAUGCCAUAAAAUACUGUACCCGGUGAUAUUCGGUGGGCCACUGCCAGACUCCGAGCAGGAGCAGCCGCUGGUGCAAGCAUUGGAUCUUCUCGGCGGGUUUCUCGGCGAGAACAAGUUUCUGUCGGGCGACGAGAUCACCCUGGCGGACAUUUCUAUCCUCGCUACACUCACCGUCACUGAGUGCGCCGAUUAUGAACUGAGCCGCUUUCCCGUCGUCCUGGACUACUACGAGCGACUGAAAUCUUCAUUGCCUUACUACAACGAAAUCAACGACCUUGGGAUUCAGCAAAUGCGAGGCAUCCGCAGCCAAAACAAUUCCAAGUAGAGACAGGACAACGGCGGACGCUUCAUUGAAAGCGUUUCUCAGUUCUGCAGUUUCGCUCGUAGAUCGAGGACAAGACUUGCUCUUAUUCCGGACACACACUCAUUGUUUGGUCCUUCUCUCUAAAAAUGCCGGCUGUAGCACAUAUUGAAAUUUAUUACCAACUGCAGUAGGCAAUGUUUUCAGGUAUUUUCGACGGUGCCCGUAAAAGAGGCUUCAUCUCGACGGAUAUUAGAGUGUCACGUGCUUCGCAAUGCCUAUACAAGCGCUGUAGAUAAAUCUUUUAACUGCAGUGACAGCGACAUUUUCUAGCAUAUGUUACCGUCCCUUGCUCUAUCUACAAGAUUUACUCAUUAAAAUGGCUCGAAUGCAAUGCCAGCACAAAUAAUAUCAUGCUUCCCAUGGCGUUUUUGAGUCGUGUUCUGCUUGCCAAUGAGAGUGACUUGCAAUGGGCUUUGUGUCUCCUACAUGCGCGCAACCAGCCACUUGUGUAAAAAGCUGCUCUGUUCUAGCAGAGCUAACACAGUUAACACCAUUGCAAAUUCCGUGGAGGCUGCUACCAACACAGACUCCGUGUUCUGGCUCAAUGUUACA